CUAGAAACAUUCCGGGAAAUUUGUCUUAGUAGUGUAUACAGUGCACUAUUUGUCGCGUUCAUGAGGGGGGGCAAGCUCCCCAUUGGGCCGUGCGGGGCCUCCCCUGUGCUUCCUGUGGUGGGUGAGGUGUAGGGCCCCGGCGUGCUGGCCAGGGGUGCUGUAAGCGUGCUGGGCCCAUGCCUGGUGCACCUGGGGCCACCACCACCCGCGGCUGUCAUGCAGGCCAGGUAUGCGGCAGACACACACACCGCCUUCAUUCAUACAGGCCGCUGUAGUACACCGCCAGGCCACCACGGCCAGGGCCACCGCUCACCACCACACACCCUCACUUCUGCCUCACGCUCACCACUACAGGUCACAAUUAUCAUGCCAAAUUAGACAAAAACUACCUAAAUAUGAUGAGCGGGCUGACAGAAGGCCGCAAGGCUCCUAGAAAAGAGGCUGGCUGGAGGGCGGAGAGGCCUAAGUCAGGGCCGGGUCGGGACAGGCAGGGCUGAAGUAGUGUUCAAAAUGGCGGCCGCUCGAUAGCCGCUCCUCAGGACAGGCAGCUACCUUUUUGCAGUUUUCGAUCAAUUUUCUGAGUAUGGCGUGCUGCAUACGGUGUCCAGUGUGUGCUCGUGCCCCUUACAACCCGGCGAGAUGAACACGAGUCAGGGAACGAGCGCGGGGCAGGCCUGAGCGGCGCGUUAGGCUCGGCGACAGUGGUUGGGCCGAGUGAGUGGGACGGGAGGAGAUCGUUUUAAAGCCUCGCAUUUCCCUCUCCCCGGUUGCAAGAUGUGGAAUAUGAUGUGUGAUGUGAUGCCCACCAUAGCGGAGGACAGCAUAUCCCAGCGGGGCUCCCAGUUCAGCGGGGACGAUGCCAACUUUGAGCAGCUCAUGGUGUCGAUGCUGGACGAGAGGGACAAGCUCUUGGACACGAUUAGGGAGACCCAGGAGAGGCUGAGCGAGCUAGAGACCAAAUACCAGGAGCUGGAGAAGGAGCGGGACAGCCUACAGCGGCAGCUCGACGCUAACCUGCCUCAGGAGUUCGCGACGCUGACCAAGGAGCUGAAUGGUGCGCGGGAGAAUCUGCUCGAACGAGAUGAGGAGAUCACCGAGCUCAAGGCGGAGAGGAACAACACCAGGCUACUCCUUGAACACCUGGAGUGCCUAGUGUCCCGGCACGAGCGGUCGCUGAGGAUGACGGUGGUGAAGCGGCAGGCGGCCUCGCAGAGUGGCGUCAGCUCGGAGGUGGAGGUGCUCAAGGCCCUCAAGUCCCUGUUUGAACACCACAAGGCUCUGGACGAGAAGGUGAGGGAGCGGCUGCGGGUUGCCCUGGAGCGAGUGGCGUCCCUGGAGGAGGAGCUCACACACACCAGGGAUGAGCUGAGUCAGUACAAGCUGGGCAAGGUGCCGGGGGAUGGGGCGGAGGGGGAGCGGGUCAACGGCGAGGCGCCCCAACAGUCCCUGGAGGGGGGGCCGGCGGGGGUGAAGGGCCCCCCCUCCUCCAAUAGUGACCAGGCGCAUGGGAGUGGAGAGGCAGCAAGUGAGGGAGGAGAAGGAGAAAGGGAAGGAGGAGGAGAGGGAGAGGGAGGAGGUGUAGGAGGGGGAGGAGGAGGAGGAGAAGCAUCGGAAAACGGGACCGGCCGCACCACCACCUCCACCGCCUCCACCAUCGCCCCGCUGCCGCUUAUAAAAAUGGUGGAGCUUCAGACGUCCCUUGACAAGCAGACAGCAGAGCUCAGCGCAGCGAGGGAGCGAGUGAGGGAGCUCCAGAACCGCCUGCAGGAGCUGGAGGACAACCUGCAGGUGACGCAGAAGGAGCUGGUGAAGGCGCAGGAGAUCAACUCACGCCUCCAGCGAGACCUCAAGGAGAACGUGGCCCAGAAGGAGGACCAGGAGGAGCGGAUUGCCACCCUGGAGAAGAGGUACUUGAACGCCCAGCGAGUCCCACUCCCUGCACGACUCAUGAGAGGCUCUGAGUACGAUAAUCUGGUAACAUUGUCCGACACUUAUUGCUCUUUCCCUGCACAUGAGAGUCGGGUCAGCACACUCACUACCUCUUCCCCACAGCUUCAAGAAGACAAGAUUCGAGCGUUGCAGGAGAAGGUGGAGCUGAGUGAACAGAAGCUCGCCCAGUACGCCAAGCUGCCCGACGUGGAGCAGGAGCUGAAGCAACGGAUGGAGGCGCUGCAUCAGGUGCAGGAGAAGCAUGGGAGCGCUGAGGACAGAAUUCAGCGCCUGGAGAACCAGCUGGAUGAGAAGGGCGCCGAGCUGCACCGCCUCAACCAGCGCCUCAAGAUGAAUGAGGAGCACAACACGCGGCUCUCCAGCACUGUUGACAAGCUGCUGCAAGAAUCCAAUGACAGGCUGCAAGUCCACCUCAAAGAACGGAUGCACGCACUCGAGGAGAAGAACGCACUCACCGCAGAGCUGGAGAGGACACGCAAGAUCCUCGAGGACUCCACUCAGGAAAAGAAUGAAAUAUUGAAAGAAUUGUCCAGACGGCAACUAGAGGCUGAACAGCUGAAGCAACAAAUGUUGCAACAGGAGAUUGCCUUCAAUAUUAAACAGACAGAAGCUUUAACAAGGUCGGUGUCCCCCACGGGCGGUGAGUUCGUCCGCAGCACCUCACACUCCAGCUUUGACUCCCGCUCCCUGCCGCGCCGCCCGCCCUCGGCCCCGCCCACGCACAAACGCACCCCAGGCAGCCUUGAGGAGGAGAACGCACAGGCCAACUCCGGGUGGGAGAUAGCGGGGGCACACAUCCAGUCCCAGUUCAGCGGCGAGGGUGGGGACCUGUCCGACGGGGAGGGUGAGGACGCCGAGUCAAUAUUCUCCCACAUGGAUAUGCUCUCACCCUCCCACCACACGGACGCCCAGACCCUCGCCCUCAUGCUGCAGGAACAACUGGACGCCAUCAACAACGAGAUCAGCAGCCUAGUUGGGGGUAGAGGAGGGAGCGUGGGGGGGACAGAGGCUUAUUGGGGAGGCGUGGUGUCGCCCCAGCCCCCCCCCGCGGCGUGGGAUGCCUUGCCAGACCAACACAGGCUGAUUCAGGAGGAGAAGCAGACGACGGAAGCGCGCGCCGAGGAGCUGGAGAACCGCGUCGGGUCGGUGGAACACAUCAUGCUUCGGGGGCGGUCACUGGAACGCCCAUCGCCCCCCAUCUCAGGUCGCUCCACUCCCAAGUCCCACCACUCCCCCUCCCGCGACUACCUGCAGAAAUACCACACCGCCCCGGCCGGCAUGUCUCCUUCCCAUAUGUACCAGUUCAUGCGUGAGCGCCGCCUCUCAGGAGACUCCCUGCCAGGAUCACAGGGGAACCUCUCCAACAUGAACAGAGUGGACGGCCGCGACGAAAACCAGGUGUCCUUGGGCGUGCGCAGUGAGGGCUCCCCACCGACCCCCCGCUCCCUGCGCCUCAUGAUGGCCCCCUCCAUGGUCCCCCCAACCAGCCUGGGCCCCGGCAGCAACAACCUGGGCGGCCUGGGGUCUGGGCCGCCUCCACAGCACUUGGCUAACCUGGGAGCGUCCUCGGAAGAUCUGAGGAGGUACACCCCUCUGCCUGAACACUCCCCAGCCUCUGCUCUAACGCCUGCUGCUCUUCAACACCCAUACUCACCAGGAGCCAGUGUUGCCAACCCUCCCCUGGCUCUCAACCCUUCAAACUGCAGCCUCCUCUCCAGCCCCAUGCUAAGCAGCCAAGACUCCCUGCACAAGAGCGUCAUCAACCAGCCAAAGAAGAAGGGAAUCAAGUCCUCUAUAGGAAGGUUCUUCAGUAAAAAGGACAAACAGGUCAAGAUGAAGGACGCCCUGCAGCAGCACCCUGGCGCCGGGGGUCUCAGCUCCUCGGGGAUAUACAGCGACGGGGACAUCGGCUCCUCGGACUCCCUCUCCCUGGCAGGGCUGGGCCAGAAGAGCGAGAUAGACCGUCGCACCAAAAAGAACCUGCCUGGGUACCGCCACGAGCUGCUUGCCGAGGCCAUGAAGGCCGGCACACCCUUCGCCCUGUGGAACGGCCCGACCAUUGUGGCAUGGCUGGAGCUUUGGGUGGGCAUGCCCGCCUGGUACGUUGCCGCGUGCCGGGCCAACGUCAAGUCUGGGGCCAUUAUGUCGGCGCUCAGUGAUGCAGAAAUCCAGCGGGAGAUUGGCAUCUCCAACCCCCUGCACCGCCUGAAGCUGCGGCUCGCCAUACAGGAGAUGGUGUCCCUGACCUCCCCCUCGGCCCCCAAGACAUCCCGCACCACCCUGGCAUUUGGGGACAUGAACCACGAGUGGGUGGGCAACGAGUGGCUGCCGGCGCUGGGCCUGCCACAGUACCGCACCACCUUCAUGGAGUGUCUCGUGGACGCCAGGAUGCUGGACCACCUCACCAAAAAGGACCUCAGAGGGCAGCUCAAGAUGGUCGAUUCCUUCCACAGAACCUCCCUACAGUUCGGCAUCACCGCCCUAAAGAAGGUAAACUACGAUCGCGUGGCACUGGAUGAGCGGCGAAGGGUUUGCGAGGAGGAGAACUCCGACGUGUUGGUGUGGACCAACGACCGCGUCAUCAAGUGGAUCUCCUUCAUCGGCCUAAAGGAGUACGCCAACAACCUGGUGGAGUCUGGGGUUCAUGGGGCGCUGGUGGCCCUGGACGAGAGCUUUGACCAUAAUGCCCUGGCUCUUGCCCUGCAGAUACCAACACAAAACACACAGGCCAGGCAGCAGCUGGAGCAGGAAUUCCGUAACCUCCUGUCGACGGGCACUGACAGGACGGACAUCAACAAAUCUUGAUAUGAGGCCCCCGCGGCGAAGGAUGCAGAGGCCAGACUGGUCUAGUAACCCAAGACAGUCUCAGGAGGAGGAGGAGCAGAGGAGGAGGAACAGCAGCAGCAGAACAAGGAAGGAAGAGGAGGAGUAAUGGAGGAGAGAAGAAGAGAAGGACUCCAUGAAAUAGUUGUGGGGUUCCUCUUCUCUUGCAGCUGAAGGAGAGCAAGCCGUGUCCUUAUUUCCUCCCCAUGGAAGGAACACCAAAAGCUCUCCAUCCUUGCCCCCCAGUGACGAUGACCAAUGCUGCCUCCCUCCCUCCCUGUGAAAGAAAACAAACUCCCACAAUGAAGGAAGACCCACGGCUCCUCCUCCCUGACGCAGGACAAAACCCAUCCUUAGCCGCCGAUGAAGGUACAACACAACGCUCCUCAGUCAAGGACACAAGAAUUCUAUGUGAAGCGAAGGCCAACAAUGACUCCCUUCUAUCUCGAGCAUCUCCAGCCAAGAGUGAAACAAGAGCUUUUAACCAGUCAAGGGUAACAAGAGUCCUUUGCCUCAUGUGAAGAUUGUCAAGUUUCUUUUACCCAGUCAAGGAUAUAACGAGAUCCUCAGUUCCCAGUGGAGGAUGGCAAGGGCUUCUUUAUCCCUAGUGAAGGAUGACAGGAGCUCCUCCACCAUGCCUGGGAAGGGUAGUAUCAGAACUGUACAACCAAUACCACAGUGUGUAGGCUACUUCACAUCACGUCGCUGUGGCACUCGGAAGUCUCCUCACCCUGCUGCCAGUCCUGUGAGGUGCCAGACUGACCAGCGCAGCACCACAGCCUCACUUGAUCCUCUGGCAUCCGUAGGCACUUGUAAUAUUUGUGUUGUGGAUGACGAGAGGAAAGGAAGGAAGCCCAAUGUACCUAGGGAGGGAGAUUGACAGGGCAGCACAGCAAGACUCAUUCUCCUCUCCCUGAACCUCUAGUCUAGGGUGAGCAGCAGCAAGGAAAGGAAGGCUCAGGGCCGCCACCUCUGUCUGUGUCUGUCUGUCUGGUGUGAUCACGAGGGCAGGAGACAAUUGCAGGGAAGUGUAGGUGGUGGUGCACUCGGCUGGACCUGACGUAUACAGGUGUGUGUGUGUGUGUGUGUGUGUGUGUGUGUGUGUGUGUGUGUGGGUGCGUCUGUGCGAGCGUGCAUGGGUGUGUUCGUGAGUUUGUAGUUCACCAUUUUUCAUCAUGUGAUCAGAUCUAUGGGAGCAACUGAAACCCCUGACACCCACACAUACCCGGGAGGCGGAACACAACCCCCACCUGACACCCGGCACCCAGGCACUGCUGGAUGGACAGGGGGCACAAAUUGAAGGAGACUGCCCACCCAUCUCCACUCUGCCACCCCGGAAUCAAACCUGGGACCUCUGUGUGUGUGUGUGUGUGUGUGUGUGUGUGUGUGUGUGUGUAGGGGUCACAGAUGUUUUUGUGUGACCUAAGUUGAGGUGCGAGGCAAGGACACACCAGCCACGUCAGGUCUCUGUUUAGUCCGAGGAUGAGAAGUAAAGUGAAGAGUGAGAAGUGAAAGAAGGAAAAAGGGAACAGGUGAACAACACCCACAGAAUCGUGCUAAAACCCUUUGCAGGAAAAUUAGGAAAAAUAUAUAUAUAUAUAAAAAAUCUUGUACAGUAAUGUGAGUCAUGGAGAUGCUGAUUAUAUAAAGUGUGUGCUAGGAUGGUUGAUCAUGCCUGUGUGUGUGUGUGUGUGCGUAUGUGUCUGUUGUGUGUGUAUAUGCGUGAAUGUUUGUGUGUGCACACAGCUGCAUGUAUGUAUUGCUGGUUCACAUAAGUCCACAAGCCCUGUGGAGUCUUGUUGGCUAGUCAGAAGACAAUGUGAGAAUGUUGUUAGUUAGUUCUGGUUCUAAAACUAAAUUGAUUUCUCCUGUAAUGCUUCCCCAUCCCCAUCCCCCAGUAAUUUAACAAGUAAUAAUUAGAUGUUCAAUCACUAUGCAGGUGUUUGGUUGGACAAGAGCACUGAAAGCCAGACUGCUUUAAGAGGCGUCACCAUGGCUUGACAUUGAGCACCAGGCUUUUCCUCCUGGAAGGUCGAUGCUUCAGGCCAAACUGUCCAAGAUGUUUGGGACUGUCUUGAUGGCUAAAACCCAGCUCUCAAAAAUGCUGAUAAAACCCUCACAGCAUGCAGAUGUUUGGAAAUGUUUUGACAGCUGCAACCCUUCUUUCAGCAGCUUGGAGAUGGCUUGAAAGCCAUCAGACCAAGCUGUUGAUGUAGUUCGGGAGUUUUCUCUGCUGAGGAAACAUUCAAGCUGUCUGAACCUUUGAGAUAUUUUGACAGUCAAUAAACAUCCAAAUCUCCUGUAAGUAGUAGAUAUACUGAGACCUCUUAAGAAUGUGGUGAAGAAAGUUUUCAGUCCUUGGAAGCCAGACUCUAAAGAGCUUGGCCCCUGAGAAACUAGGCUCAUUUUUGAAGUUUGGCAAAAAAGAGGAAGAUCCGAAACUGUGGAAACCAAACACCGACAGGAACACUGUGUGGCCAAGUCCCCCAGAGUGGCUGGCGCGUCCCAGCAGCCUGGCCAGUGUCAUGAUGCACAUAGCUUUGUAUUGUGUCUGUAUGUGUGUGGCCAUCUUUGUUGAAUCACAAUGUCAUGAUUUCCGAGUCUCCAGGCGUAAGUGUGGAGAGGUGUACAUGGGAGCUAAGACUGUUACAGCUAUCUUCCAUACCUUACAUGCCAAAUUGUCUUUGUAAUUAUUGUAUGUAAAGAGACAAAGCAAGUCUUACAAUGGUCAGUCACGGCGUGGGAUGUGAAGGCAAGGGGCCCUGUGGUGGUGUUGACGGUGGUGUGUACAGCUCACUGUACAUUGAUGUUGAGUAUGAUUGAUCGUUUCUGUGAAACUCGUGUAAGUAGUGUCCCACUCUCAAAGAUAAUGUUCAGUGUAGUGAUGAUAUACUACUCGCCUCAUUGUUCUGUGUGUGUGUCUGGGUCGGGAAACACGCACACACACGUGCACACAUGUAUGUCCACGCACACAUGCACGUGCUAGCCGGCCAACUCCAUGAGAUUGUGAGAGUUCUGUGACAUGGCUUGUGGAAGAAGCAUACGUAGCUAUAUACAUACAUGAAGGAGUGUGUGCAUGUGUGUGUGUGUGUGUGUGUGUGUGUGUGUGUGACCGUGUGUGCGUGUGGCCCGUCUUCAAGCUUCAUCACUUCUGAUCAUCCUGUUGUCGGUACUUAUGAAAGGAAACAACCUCACUUAUGUUCAUGUUUUGUUUACAUUGCUUUACCUCCUCACCCCCCCCCCCCCUGCUCCACCCUCUCCCCUUCCCCUGGUGCUGUGUGGCUGUCCUCACCCCCCCCCUCCCUCCCUUCCCUCCCCAUUGUGAUACUGCUGCCUGUAAAGCCCACCAACCCAUUCCCCUUCACCCACUACUUCUAGGACUACCCUCACACAUUAACAUACUGGUCAAUACAUAUAUAUAUUUAUUUUUUAUGUUAAUUACUUAGUGCGUAGGACACGUUGCGGCAACGACCACCCAUGGCAGCACGGAGCCACUAAGAAGGCGCGUCACCGCGGCCGCCGACGCGAUGUUUGUGCAACUCCCCCGAUGUUCCAGAUGUUGUUUCCCUCUUAAGUCUUAGUUAAUUUAUCAGUGUGUGGUGCAAGUAACAAAAAUGUACCCGCCUCCCCCGAGCCUUUCUGUCAUUGUUCUUUGCUCCGUGCGGCCACACCUGCCAGCCGCCCUCACCCACACUCCCCCCAGGGCUUGCCGAAUGGUGGCUGGUCGGGCCGGACAGAUGACACUCAGACCAGUUAUAGAAUGGGAGACUGUGGCCGCCUUCAUCACGGCCGCUGUGUUGUUACUCAGAGAGCCGAAGGAAAUCCCAAUUAAUGGUGAUACAAGUGGUUUUCAUGCUCAAGGCAAGGUCAGGGUCUCAAAGAGGUGCCCCGAGCACAUACACAAAAGCACUAUUGUAUCAGCAUGAGUUUGUGUUUCCCGUGGUUCAUCUGGCAACAACGUGGCGCGUGUGGUGAGGGUCGCCACGCACUCCCAUCCUUGGGCUCUGACUCGGACCAUCUUACUUCAGGUGGUGAAAGCAUUUCCCUCAGAAUCAUUCCAUUUGUCUUCUCUAUCCAUUCCUCUCUACCUGUUGUUCCUUAUCCAUAGUCUUCUUUUUAUAUGCAUAUUUUUUUAUUUGUAUUCCACAUUGACUCCCACACGUGCCUCCUCCUUGCCCGCUGCUUAAGACUGUAGGGUAACGUUACUUGUCUCGUGCUUGAGGUGUGCUGCUCAUGUGCUUUGUCUCUGUGUCCUGAGUGCUGUGCAGUGACCUCUUCAUUACAUGUUAAGGAAAGCUACAAAAAAUCAUGAUGAACUUUUCAGGGAACUCCACAGCAUUGGAAUAAACCCUUCUGGAGGCUUUAUAAGUAUUGCAGAAAGACUUCUUUAUAUAAAAAGAACAGUAAACUUGGUGCUAACGCCAGAUUGUUUAAACGUGAUAUUAGUAUUUAUUAAGUUGUAUGGCUUUGUUGGCUUUGUUAUUCCUUUUUUGGGAUGGUGUUGUUUGAAGUGUUGGAUUUUCAGUCAAAUUGACAUAUUACAAACUCCGUCGUAAGAAGUUAUAUGAAAAAAUUGACAAAAGCAACUAACCACGCCUUGAAAAAUGGCUCAGAAAAGGCAAAUCAGCCACAUUAGGGUUGAUGAACACUAAUACCACGUUUCAAACAUCAGACAUAAAUGUGUGAAGUUGGGAGGCAGGACAGUAGGAUUGCAGGAGUCUCAGGUAGUGUGUCCAUCAAGCAUUGGCCAGAGUAAGGAUGAAACGACGAGUGUUUGGUGUUGGCACCAAGGUGGGGAGGGCCGGCACAGAGCUGUUGAAGGCAAUCAAAGUAGACAGUGAGGAAAUAAUACAUGCGGCUAUAUGAAAUGUGAGUAGCAGGGCCAUGGAACCGGAGAGUGUGGCCUCCUCCAGCACAGCUGCCAUGUUCUUACCAAAAGAGCAGCACAGAAGUCAUAUUGAUGGUGUUACAGAAGGUUUCUUUUUGUGUUCUGGGUAUGAUCGGAAUUUCAAACUAGUACCCAGAGCACAAAAAAUACUAUUUCUCAACAUAAGUAUAAUUUCAUGCAGCUCAUUUGGUAACGGCAUGGCGCCUGCGAUGAAGGUGCCCACACCCUCCUGUUGUUGGGCUCUGGUGUGUAGUGACACUGGUGAAGACAGGAACAUGGAUGGUGUCUGUGGCUGUGUGAGACAGAACCUUUGGUGCACUCAGGUGGAUGAGCACAGGUUGAGAGGAUGUAUUUAACACCACAGUGGGUGAGUGAGUGCUUGACAUACUCAGUGAUAGAGGAAGGAGAGAAAAGCAUGAACAGGUAUGAGGCAUCCAGAGAAGGGGCAUAAGGGGCAGAGUCCUUCUUGUCUGGUCUGCACUGGGAAAGUCAGGCUACACGUCCCAGGAAAAACAAGAAACAAGUUGCAAGGAAAAGGCGACCUUGUCUUUUGUUUACCAAGGGGUCACUUUUCCCCUGUAACUUGAAUUUCCUUCUUCCUGGGAUGUGUAGCCAAACUUUCCCAGUGCAAACUAGAAAAACUGCCUUUGUCCAUUCCUCUGGGCGCCUCAGUUAUUGGAAAGUGUUGUACAAGAGUAGUGUUUGUUAAGAAAUAGCAAGAGGGACAGGCUGUAACAACUGUCUCAGUGUCGGGAAAAAUCUUGCUUAUGGGUUUUGAGAUACAGUCAAACCUCAGUUUAUGAGUGCCUUAGUUUAUGAACGUUUUGAUUUACGAGUAAAAGAAAAUCACUAAAAAUGCCUUGGUUUACAAACGAUGACUUGGUGUACACGCACUUUGUUUAUACGAGUCAAAGACGUUAGCGUGGUUUCCCGUUGUUCGCCACAAGACAAGAGCGCUCAGAGCGGAAAACAGUGGGAAUAGAGUGUCAAGCUGGUAUCACACUUGGCCUUUUUCCUCCAACCGUGUUGGAGGUAGUCAUAACAGACAACUACAACUUUAAGCCAUUAUCUGGCGAUCAAGAAUUACCCACAUCUUGUGAAAUCUUUGUGUUUCUUGUUCUGGUGCGUCAAAUUUUCAAUAAGUCCCCCAACUCUUGACAAGAAUCGGGGGUGUGGUGCCAACCGCGGUGGGGCUGGCGAAACAAGUAAACACACUGCGCCACACCUCCCUAGGCCUGUGGCGAUGACCAUUUCCUGAGAUUCCUAUGGGUAACCCUGCCAGGUGGGGGUGGAUAUAGAGUUCACAAGGUUACUGUUGUGUUACUGUUGCACCACAGAACAUUUGAAAGCAUUACUGUAGGAUAAGUAAAAACUUUCCGAUAUGAAAACAUCAUUGCCAUCAUUAGAAACGAGAAAGUGAAACGAUGCCAUCGGUCAGUAUUUUGUCGCAAAGUAGCCAGGGAGAUGUUCCUAAGGAACUGUUUGUCUCGUAAUUGUGACUAAAUUAACGCGUGUUGUCCUUGAUGAGUGACACAAUGAGAAAUCGCAUUGGUUCAUCUAGUCAUAUGGACAAGAUAGAGUACUGCAUGGCAGAUCACAUGAGGAAGAUGAAAAACAGUGUCAAGAAAGGGGGGUAAUUCUUGAUCACCAGAUGACGUGCGUCACACACGAUCAAGAUCAGUUGCCCUUAUCCACAACAUAAACAAACCAGCCGCCCUGUAUGCACAUCUUUUUACCUGUAACACUUUGUGUCGCUUCUUAGGUCCUCCUUCUCUCAGUCCUCUCUUCAUGGCACCAUUUGCAAAAGUAAGGGCUGUUGUGGCUUGUGCUGGUGUCACUCAAAUUAUAUGGACUUGUUGCUUCAGUUAAUUGGAAGGAAGAAGCUGUUGUGGGUACGAUCAUGGCUUCAAAGAUGGGAGGACAGGAGUGUUUACCCAAACCAACAACUUGCUCCCGGUUGGCCGUACAGGCAACCGCGAUUGCUCCUUGCUCCAAGGGUUGAAGGAAAAUGCCCAGUGUGACACCACCUUAGUCUGCUUUCCACACUCACAGCGGUAGCACCGCGUGCUCGUGUCCACGUACGUUUGUGCUCUAGUUUGCAAUCUUUGUGUUUUUAGCACUAUAUUAUUUAUAUAUUAUUCUAUAUUAUUGUACUAUAUUAUAUAAAUAUUAAUUAUCAUUGCUAGUUGUUUGUAAAAUUACUUUCAUUCUGUAAAAAAUAACAUGUAAAAUGAUUUUUGUUAAUAUUUUUUGAGAUAUGGAAUGCAUUAAUGAGAAUCCCUUUAAUAUCAAUGGGGAAAAUCGUUUUGGUUUAUGAGUAUUUUGAUUUGUGAGCAAAAUUCCGGAACAAAUUAAACUCGCAAACCGAGGUAUGACUGUAUUAACAUUUGAGGUAUUAAUGUUGUGUGGGUGAUCAGGUUACCAUGGUGAAAAUGUGGAAGUUCAGGGUAUGGCUCUCCAGUGUGACUAAUUAAUUAUGAGAAAUAUGUUUUGAGGUUAUUGGCAUUAGGAAAGCUAAUUUCUGCAAAUUAGAUGACAGGCAGCAUUCAGUGCAGCAAAUCUUUGCACCCUAGAAGACUAGAGACAGCACUGAGUCACUUUGACCAGUCUCAGCAGCCACAUUGACAGCCCACAAAACACAGUUCAAGAUUUGCUGCAGUACUUAUGAAGGCAGGAAGGUUUAUUCUAGAAGCUCAAAUAUUUAUUCUCACUUAUCGAGGAACUUUGCCUGUGAAAUAACUUCUAUUUUAUACCCAUUUCCUAUGUACUUACGUUCAACCUACUAUAUUGUAAAGCUUUGAAGUUAACUCCUAUUUAUAUAUUUAUGAUAAUUUCACUCAUAUUAAAAUCAUAACAAUUCCAAUGUCUGCAAAAGCUGAAGGUCCAGUUCCCCAUGGCGAGGCAGCUUGAGGAAGACAACCACCAGAUUGUCCAAGUGUGGUCUGAUUUUUAUUAACAGUUCUGUUGCUCAUUUGUCAUUUUUACUUCCAAUUUUGGAAUGGACUUGUUAGUUAGGAGUGUUGGCUUCUCACAGAGUCAAGGCAACAUUACAAACUCAGUUGUAAAAAGUGAUUUAAAAAAUCAACAAAACCAACUAUCCACGCCUUCAAAAAUGGCUCUAAAAAGAUAAAUCUGCUGCAGUAGUGUCGAUGAAGACUAAGAUCACAUUUAAAAAAUUAGGCAAAUGUUGCAGCCACUGACAUCCAUCACCUUCUUCAUUGGUUCGGGAAGCUUAUUCUCAAACAUUUCAAAACCUCAGUACUGCUGUUUAAAAAGGCGCUCGUUUAAAUUUUAGUGACUUCCAUGGGUGGUUUCCUGACCCUGGUGGUAGAUUAGCAAGGUUUGCACACCAUGAAUGUGAAAAACACUCAUGAUAACCUGUCUUGUCUUCUCCGUGGCCUUCAAAAAUAGUAGUACCAAGAGUCCAAGUGGUUUGAGAAUGAGACCAGUUCUUUCCUGGGCUCGGGCCAAAAGGCUGCACGGGUUCGUGUGAACGCCUCCGCCUUGCAUCACAAGGAGGCUCCAAGCGCUAGAUUGUCUCCUGUGAUUCCUGUGAUGAGAAAACUAAUACAUUUUUAUAACAUUUAUCUUAUCGUAGCUGUAAAUAUGAUGUUUGAUACCCAUGAGCUGUUCAUGCUCUUAUUAUACUAACCCCUCAUUAAAUUAACAAAAGAAGGGAUUUGCCUUGAAAAGGAGGGUUAUUCUCUCUCUCUCUCUCUCUCUCUCUCUCUCUCUCUCUCUCUCUCACUCGUACAAUAAUUGCUUUCAUCAGCAUUGUUUUGCAGAAGUUGUGGUCUGGAUUACCUUCCCUCUGCUGAGUGGCACAGUUCAGUGUUUCAAUGUACUUACAGGCAGCGGGUGGAGAGGUGCGUGUCAGGGGAUCGUGUUUCAUAGACAAAUAAUUGUAAGGGCCGACACUUUGGGGGAAAUUAACUCACAAAAACUACUUAAAAGUUGAAUACAAAGAUGGAUUUAACAUAUAAAGGGAAAGAAUAAUCACUUUAUGUUAUACUGCAAGGAGGAAAAAUAUUCAAACUGUUGGUAAAUUCUUUAUAAAAAAGUAUAAUAUAUAUAUAUAUAUAUAUAUAUAUAUAUAUAUAUAUAUAUAUAUAUAUAUAUAUAUAUAUAUAUAUAUAUAUAUAUAUAUAUAUAUAUAUAUAUAUAUAUAUAUAUAUAUAUAUAAAAUGGCACAUGAAAUUUACAAAUCAAGGUUUCUUAUAAAUCCCAUCUCAGAAGCAUGAUGCUUUUGGGAGACAGAAAUUGGAUGUUUACACAUUUGAUCCACAUUGAGGUGCUGACCUGUGCUGUGUUGGGGCGCCAAGCCCACAGCAACCCUGACGCUGAUGGUGGCGGUGUGCACAGUGAAAGUGUGCUGUGGGGCAGGGAGAUACAGUGUGUUUGUGUUACUUCUUAGUUUACAUGAUUACAUUUGUGUAUUUAUGUGCAUACAUAUUUAUUUAUUUACUAUUUUUUUUUUCCUGUAAGGCAAUGGCAGCUCCUUGGUGUCUGGGAUGGACCAAACAUUACAACCAAACGUUUUUUCAUGAAAGUCAUGUGACAAAAACCUCAAACCAUUAAAGGGAAAAUGUUAACACUGCAAUUGGACUUUUUGCUUACAUCAUUGAGUGGGACUUCCAGUGUGUCAAGCACAAAUAAGCAUCAUGUGUGUGGUGUGAUGGAUUUAACACCAUUGAGAGUUUAAAGAUUUUGGCAUUCUAAUGGGAAAGAGAAUUUUGUGUUGGUAAAUCAUAAAAUAUUAUAACACUUAAUGAUUGGCUGUCUAUCUGUUAGUGGUGUGGAAGUGAUGAACAAGUUAUCUUGGUUUAUGUAAAGAGUCAAAGCUAUGUGAAAAUAUUGCUAUUAUUCAGCUAUAUUUAUAUUUUCAUUCCAAAGUUUUUUACUUUUAAAAUAUCACCAUUAAUAGAAAAUUAUAUGUUGCAGCAUCUUGAGUAACUGAGUCAUGAAUAAUGAAGAGACAACACUAGGCUCGGUAUUCUUGGACGCUCCUGCAUCACACAGCAACUAUUUCCAAAGCCUAAAAAGGAGAUAAAUCAGGUUCUAAUAAGUGUUUUAAGGGGGGCUCAUGGUACAGAAAAAGUCAAACUACCACCAGGGUCAUAAAACUAGCCCUGGAAAUACCCAAAACUCCUAAAAAGCCUUGUCAAAUGUUUGCUUGGUUACUGAAAUGUUUAAGAAUAUGGCCCUAAACUGCUAUUAACUGAACCAACUGAUUGAUUGAUUGACUGAGCCAAGGACUUGUUUACAUGCAUUUGUUGUUAUUGUUGAUGUCAUUGUUGUGUGAGAAAGUGUUGGGUCUUCUCUACCUCCUCCCUCUGUGCCUCCUUGCCCAUUCCACACACACCCCAUGUAGUGCUGUGACUGGUCAGAUCCCCCACCCCCACCCUCACUCACCACUCCAAUGGCUCAGUGGUUAAAGCAGCCCAGUAGCUCAGGGGUAGAGCAUCUGGCUCACAACCAAAAGGACCGGGGUUCAAUUCCCCGGCCGGGUGAAGAUAAGUUGGGUUUAUCUUCUUUCACGUGUAUCCCCUGUUCACCUAGCAGUGAGUAGGUACGCGACGUCAGGCAAGGAGUUGUGACCUUGUUGUCGCGGUGUGUUGUGUGUGAGUGGUCUCAGUCCUACCCAAAGAUCGGUACUACGAGCUUUGUGCUCUUCCGUAGGGGAACGGCUGGCUGUCUCAAGAGAGACCCGCAGCAGACCAAGAGGUAAAUUACACACAAACACACACACACACACAUACACACAAUAUCCUUAGUGAAGGGCCCAGCAGUACCCAGAGAUUGACUAUAAUGAGCUUGUUCAGGUCAGGAGGGUACUUACUGAAAAUGGUGAGUCCAGCUCGGGAUCAGGCUGUGGGUGAAUUAGACACACAUUCCCACCCCCCUACACACACACACACACAAUCCACACACACACACAAACAUUCCCCCCCCCCCCCAUAUCCCAAGGCAGACAUCCCCUCCCCCCCACACACAAUAACAAACACAACUUCUUGCCAGUCAGUUCUACCUCUUCCCCCUCCCAUCCCUGAUCCUUCUAUUCAUAAGGUUCUUCAUUUCAUAACAUUAUUCAACUUUUCUGAAAUUUCAGUUACAGUCGAUUUGUUGCUUUAUAUCAAAUUUCUUAUUAAUAUUUUAAUUGUCUAUACAUAGUUACUUAGUGUUCAUUUAUUAACAAAACUUAAGUUUCUUUACUAUUGUUACUACUAGAAUCUUGUAUAGACUCUUGACACAUAUACAACUUGCAGUUGUUUAGGGAAAGACAGACAUAUUCAAACAACCUUCUUAUCCAUUAUAAUUUUAGAAACUGCAACCCACAAAAACAUAACAUGACCCACUACCAACAGUCACUUGAUAAAAACCAGUCACCAACACAUUCACUGAACCUUCUACACCUAACUCAAAACUGACAGUCAGCUGGGCCAGUCUAGACCUUAUGAAUCACCCAGCCUCACAGCCUGCAUGAAGUAGAACAUCUUAAUGACAAAUAUAACCUAUCAUAUUAUCUAAACAUGUAUUCAGUCCUUCAAUACAUUUUAUGAUUUUUCUCCUUCAGACCCUUCCUCAACUUAAUGAUUAUUUCCUUGAUCAGACAAGUAACCUUUCAAGUAUUGAGGAACACUGGACUACCAACUCUAGAAUUUACAAGUCAUUUUUAUAUAAGUUACCGUUGCUCCCUCAACUUGGGCCGCCACGCCUCACGCAUGCACACUUGCUUAGUCAGCCUUUCAACCUGUCAUCCACAAGCAUAACCAACAACUAUAUUGAUGCAGGAAGCCCUUCACACAUUACUUUUUUGCUAGUCUACUUUGUUUAUUAACAACCAAUCCUGCAAUUAAACACUAAACCUAUCCAGGUAAAUUUAUACUGGAUAUUAAUUUCAUCAAAACAAAUAUUUGUUUCGUAAGUAUUAUUAUUAAAUUGCAGCAUCAGUGAGCCCAGAGGUGCACACUGGGGUGCCAUCAUUCAGACACAUGUUCACUGUUCAGCACUGGACCAAUUUUCAACUUGCCCUCUCAUUCAAAUUUCAGUGUAACCCACAAAGGUGCAGCUCUGUAGAGACAAGUAACCCCUAAUCCUGACACCUUCUUGGCCUCUCCCACCUAGGAUGAAAUUCUACAUCUUAUAAUACAUCAGUUCUAUCCUUUACAUUUAUAAUCUACCUAACAAAUGUGAUCUACAACGACAUUGACGCAGACAGCUCACAUAUUGUUUUUUUCUAAUAUCAAAUUGAUUUUUUAAGUUCUCCCACUUUUGAUUGACAUGUGCAUAAGAGUGUCCCCCCCACUAAUAAUAUCUUGCCCCAGCACCCACAGCUUCAGCAUCUUGUCAAUUAAGUGCCAUUUUUUUAGUUUAACUUUACAAAGACGAGUAUGAAGUAAAAAAAGUUAUACUUAACUCACCAUUGUCGUGAAUAAAGGUAACAACUUUUAUAUAUUAUAUUUUUUUGAAAAAUCUAACUUCUGACUUCCCUUCUUUAAUUCUUUCUCGUCACAUUAUAUUAUUUAUAACACUAAAUAUUUUUAUAUUUUUACAAUAAUUCUCGCCCAUUCUUUGCCUCAAGUUUUGGCCUAACCCCCUUUCAAAAGAUCAAAUAUGGACUGGCCAGGUAGUAAUAUAUAUUUUACAUACUGAACCACCUCUCAUGUUAGCCAUGUAAGCCCCUAGCUCGCUCAUCUUAGUCUAACCAAAGUCCUGAGCUGGCACAUCCUCCUCCCACACCCUUAGCCCAUCCUCUUGUCAGCCAGUCUCUCUUAACUCUUCGUGUUAAUUUCUUGCCAUUCCCGCCAUUAUUUCCCUUCAGCGCCUCGAUGCUGUUACUUUGGGAGCGCAAACGUCAUUUAUUUAUCACUUUUAGGAAUGUGAAUGCCUUCCCAUAGGCUUAGGGUAAUGUCUCGAGGGGAAUCGCCAGAGAAAGAAUGACGGGAACAUGAUUCAAAGGAGCCGUUAUAUGUGAUGCCUCCUUUUUAUCUUAUCCAUCAACCAGUGUAAUAUUAUCUGCCUCCUCCAGAUUCACUUUUCAUACUUUUACGGUGUCCGAUUAUUUUUUAUUAUUCUUUAACAUUCUGCUGUGUUCCCAGUGUGUAAGUUAUCCAUAGAGGCAGCCAGUGAGUGGUUCGGACAAUACUAACAUUACUGAUUCUAUUAGUCCACGGGAGCACAGUGGAAGACAUUGCAUACCUCCCUCCCUUCCUUCCCUCACAUAUCUUUCAUUCAUCCUCUUUUUGUUCCAUCAAAUUACUUCAAAAACUCAUGUAAUAUAUCAUUAAUAAAAAAUGAUUUCUAAAGUAGA